UCACCUAUGUAAGUGUGUGUAAGUGUUUAUCUAUGUCUGCGUAAGUACGGUACAUUUAGCCUACAUUUACAUGCGACCACAGAUCAUUUAUAUGUUAUAUACUCUUCUCCCUCUAGCCGAGGCUCCAGCGGAAGAUGGAGCAGAUCCGGCAGCCGUAGAGAAUGGAGAAGCAGCCCCAGCAGCAGCACCGGCACCUGAACCAGAAGAGGAGGAGCCCCCUCCCGAGCUGACUGGAAUGUAUUUGGAGAAGCCAUCAGAUACCGUGGCCAUCGCAGGCACGGAUGUGACGUUCAUCGCCAAGGUGGACUCCAGCGCCCUCUUGAGGAAGCCGGUGAUGAAGUGGCUGAAGGGCAAGUGGAUGGACCUGGGUAGCAAGGCAGGGAAGCACCUGCAGUUCAAGGAGACCCUCGACAGGAACACUAAGAUCUACACUUAUGAGAUGAAGAUCGUCAAGGUUAUCCCCGGCGACGCUGGUGGCUACCGUUGUGAGGUGUCCUCCAAGGAUAAGUGUGACAGCUGCAGCUUCGAGAUCUCCGUGGAGCAGGCUGACACACAGCACCCUGGCCACGACGUCCUUUCAGCCUUCAAACGAGAGGGUGCAGGGGAGGACGAGGGAGAACUGGACUUCAGCUCCCUCCUCAAGUCUGUCAAGAAGAAGCGUAAGGAGCAGCCCCCCGAGGAGCAGAAGGACGUGUGGGACAUCCUGAAGACGGCCCACCCCAGCGAGUACGAGAAGAUCGCCUUCGACUACGGUAUCACCGACCUGCGCGGCAUGCUGAAGAGACUCAAGAAGAUGAAGGAGUUUGUGCCCAAGCAGACCGACGCCUUCAUUAAGAGACUGGAGGAUUACUACAUGAUUGAGAAAGGCAAGAAGAUCGUGCUGUCAUGUGAGGUGGUGGACCCCAACGCAGAGGUCAAAUGGCUGAAGAACGGACAAGAGAUCAAACCCUCACUCAAGUACUUAAUGGAGACCAAUGGCAAUAUUCGUACCCUGACCAUUAAGAAGACCUCCUUGGCGGACGAUGCAAAUUAUGAUUGUGUGUGUGGACACGACAAGUGCACCACCGAGUUGUACGUGAAAGAGCCUCCUGUGACCAUUACCAAGCUGAUGGAUGACUACCACGUGACGGUCGGGGAGAGGGUGGAGUUCGAGGUGGAGGUGUCUGAGGAGGGAGCACACGUCAUGUGGUACUUUGAGGACCAAGAGCUGAUCAAGACGGAGGACAGCAAGUUCCGCUUCAAGAAGGACGGCAAGCGCCAUUGGCUGAUCAUCCCGGAGUGCACCCUGGACGAUAUCGGAAUGUACCAUUGCUACACCAACGGGGGCCACACCAAGGGAGAGCUGGAAGUGGAAGAGAAGGAGCUGGAGGUGCUGCAGAGCAUCGCGGACCUGACGGUCAAGUCGGCAGAGCAGGCCCUGUUCAAGUGCGAGGUGUCGGACGACAAGGUCACGGGCAAGUGGUUCAAGGACGGCGUGGAGGUGUUGCCUAGCGACCGCAUCAAGAUGACACACAUUGGCAGAUUCCAUCGGCUGGUCAUUGACGACGUGAAGCCAGAGGAUGCUGGAGAUUACACAUUUGUUCCCGACGGCUACGCCCUCUCCCUCUCAGCUAAGCUCAACUUCCUUGAGAUCAAAGUGGACUAUGUACCAAGACAAGAGCCGCCCAAAAUCCAUCUGGAUGUCUCCGGUAACAUGGUCAGCCAAAACACCAUCAUCGUUGUCGCGGGCAACAAGCUCCGCCUUGAUGUGGAGAUCUCAGGAGACCCGCCUCCCACAGUUGAAUGGAAACACGGAGAGAAGACUGUCGAUGCGACGGAGGGCCGCAUGCGUGUGGAGUCUCGUACGGGUCUGAGCAGCUUCGUGAUCGAGGGGGCGGAGAGGCACGACGAGGGGAACUACUCCAUCAUCGUCACCAACCCCGCCGGAGAGGAUAAGGCUAACCUGCACGUCAAGAUCGUCGAUGUUCCCGAUCCCCCUGAGAAUGUGAGGUGCAAGGCUGUGGGAGAGGAUUGCGCAACCAUGAAAUGGGAUCCGCCCGCUUUCGACGGCGGCGUGCCACUUAAAGGUUACUACAUGGAGAGGAAGAAGAAGGGCUCGAGCCGCUGGACGAAGCUGAACUUCGACGCGUAUGAGGACAACGUCUAUGAGGCCAAGCGCAUGAUUGAAGGCGUCCUCUACGAGAUGAGGGUGUUUGCUGUGAACGGCGUCGGCGUCUCACAGCCCAGCUUUAACUCCAAACCCUUCAUGCCCAUCGCGCCCACCAGUGAGCCCACCAGGCUGACGGUGGCCGACACGACUGACACCACGGUGUCCCUGAGGUGGCUAGCCCCGGAGAAGAUCGGAGCAGGGGGCCUGGACGGAUACAUCAUCGAGUACUGCAAAGACGGAGCAACGGACGGUGAAUGGACGGUGGCCAACCCGGAGCCUGUAGACAAGCAGAACUUCGUUGUGCGCAACUUGCCGACAGGCGAGAAGCUUCACUUCCGGGUGGUGGCCAUCAACAUCGCCGGACGCAGCCCUCCCGCCGUACUGGGCCAGGCUGUCACCGUCAGAGAGAUCAUGGAGCGUCCAAAGAUCCGCCUGCCUCGUGCCCUCAGACAGAAAUACAUCCGGCAGGUGGGAGACAAGAUCAACCUCUCCAUCCCCUUCCAGGGUAAGCCUCGUCCGGUGGUCACCUGGCUUAAGGACGGCGAGCCGGUGGACUUCACGAAGGUGGGCGUGCGUAACUCCAACAUAGACAGCAUCCUGUUCAUACGCUCGGCCGAGAGAGAGCACUCGGGCAAAUACACGCUGGUGCUGCAGAUUGAAAACAUGGAGGACAGGGCCACCAUCGACAUCUGCAUCGUCGAGAGACCCGGUCCACCCAUUAACCUGAAGAUAACAGACGUGUGGGGCUUCAACGCCGCCUUGGAGUGGGAGCCGCCCAAGGAUGACGGCAACUGUGAGAUCCUGGGAUACAUGAUACAGAAAGCAGAGAAAAAGACUGCGGAGUGGUUCACGGUAUACGAGUGCAACAGGCGCUCGGCCUGCACGGCGUCGGACCUGGUGAUGGGUAACGAGUACGUGUUCCGCGUCUUCAGCAUCAACAUGGUGGGCGCCAGCGAGGACGCCGGAACCAGCAAGGACACCGCCAAGAUCGUCAAACCAGAAAUGGGAUACGUUCGUCCCCCAUACAAGGAGGCAGACAUGAAUUGUGCUCCCAAGUUCACAGCGCCCCUGGUGGACAGAUCUGUCAUCCAGGGCUACAGCACUGCUAUGAGCUGCUCAGUCAAGGCCAUACCUAGGGCCAAGAUCUUGUGGAUGAAGAAUGGCAUGAUCAUCGGUGAGGACCCCAAGUACUUGAUGAUGAACAACCAGGGCGUGUUGACGCUCAACAUCCGCAAGCCGGGCAUGUUCGACGGGGGCAAGUACACCUGCCGGGCCAUCAACACCUUGGGACAGGCCGACGUGGAGUGCAAACUGGAGAUCAGGCCCGUGCCCAUAGAGGAGAAGAAGUAAUGUGAGUCAACAACGAGAGGAACACGAUAAGAGGAAAACGACAAAAGCAGAAGAAGAAGAAGACGAAGAAGAAGAGUGGGAAGAGAAGAAAAGAUGAAAGUACAGAAGGGAGAGAAGAACGACCCGUUCACCUCCGCGACAUCAACUAAAAAGAUAACUAGAACUUUGCUUUAACUCUCAUGAAUGGUGCUAUUCACAUACAGUAUCUAGGUAACACUUUAUUUUAGGGAUACAUCUAUUAGCACUAAUACAUACAAUGCGCCUGUAUAAGUAACUUUUAAGGCAUAUACAAAGCAAAAUUAAACAUUUGUUGGGUAUGUAUUCGCAAAUGUCUUGUUCAUGCACAAUAAGGGAUUUAUUACCAAUUUAACCUUAGUAAGGACCUAGAAGGCCUUAGCGUUUGCUUAGUACAUGCCUUACAAGUUACUUAUGCAGGCAUCAACAUUGUAUGUAUUAGUGCUAAUAGAUGUAUCCCUAAAAUAAAGUGUUAUCAGUAUCUAUUGCAAUGGCAACAGCUUGCUGAACGAUAUCGUUGAUAUAGUUUGUAGCGAUUUUUUGGAACUUCAGAUUAACCUGUUUUAGUCUGAUGUAGCGUAUACGUUGUUUGACCUUUGACCCCUAGAGCGACAUAUGCGCUGCAUUCAGGCUCUUGAGAUUUGAUGGUUUUUUAUUUAUUUAAUUUAAAGUGUGGGUAUGUUAGAGCUGAAUGAACACAUGCAAGAUGAGGGUCCUAGCUUUUAUUUCAUGUUUCAUGUGCUUCGAAGACUGAGAUAUUUUGGCUUUGGCAGAGGGCACCUUUUCCCAAAAAGGGCUUAAGCAUUCAGCAGGUGUUUUUUUGCAGGUGUCUUAGGUUAAAAUUGGUUGGUUGGUUUCAGCCAGAGUUCUUUAGCAUGUAUAGGUGUCAUGCCUUCUGCUUGUGAAGAUUCAUGAGAAAUAUCCAAAUAUCCAGAAAUAUCUUUAUAGUCAUAGUGGUAGCACUUCACAAUAACCUUCAACAUAAAUACUUAACAAAUAGUUAACUAAUGGUUUACUGCACAUUUGUAGUUACAUACUAAACACUUACAAAGGCAUUCAAAUACAUGUAUUAGUCAUUACAUUAUCAUGUAUAGAACAUAAUAAUUUAAGAGCAUGAUAAUAAGUUUCUUAAUGUAUUAUUAAAAAGAAUUUUAACAAUAAAUUAAAUAAAACAUUAACAACAACUUAAGCAUACUAAAGCACUUAUACAUGAUUAACUAUUUUUAACAGAAUAUAUUACAACUACAAAUGUACAGUAAACCAUUAGUUAACUAUUUGUUAACUAUUUGUUAACUAGUUUUAUUAUAUGGUGUGACGUCAUCGGUCGAAUGCUCCAUUCAUUUCAACGGGGCUCCCCAACGUUCGCACGUCUGUUAUUUUUCGAUAACGGACGGGUUGGUCUAUAACAGACCGCUGUCAAUGGCAACAAGACUUUUCACUGCUAAAGCGACUUUUCAACAAGACUCUAAUCAGCUGCUGUGAUAGACAACACCUGUUGUCCUGGCUACCUAGCUGUUGCCUAGCGGUGUUCCACAACGGCACUGUUUUGUUUUGCGCAGCAACAAUCUUUUGACAUUAAAAACUAUAAUAGACUUAACAUUAAAUUGGCCUAAAGAAAUGUCCCCGCCAUGUGUGAAUCAUUUAAGUAUAUCCAUAUAAUAAGCGGGUUAACUUUCGGCGAGUCGGUCGCUUUGUGGAAUAGCAGCACUUCAGAGAGAACAAGACCCCUCCGCUCCGCGUCGGGGUCUAAAGAUUCUCUCUGUCGUGCUGCUAUUCCACGGUAGCGACCUUCUCGCCGAACGUUAACCCUUACAUAGCGGAAGGUUAUUGUGAAGUGCUAGCGUUAUGGCUGUGUGUAGGUAAACAGGCUAUAAGGGAACGGGGAGAGAGAGGGGAGAGUAUCAUGAGCACUGAAACUUAACACUGAGCCGUAGAGACAGACUGGUGUGGCUGAUGUCUGUUUACUAGACCUGUGUCUGAACUGAACUAAAUAACACUUGAACAUUCAGAAUAAACUGUCAAUACAGUC